AUGACUGCUUCUGUUGUCGUCGCUAAAAGCUUCGAGGCUACGGAUCCAGUGGUUGCCUACACGUCUUCGGUAAGUCCCCCCUUAUUCCAGGUUUCUUCUAAACGAUUUCUGCUUUCAGCUGACCACAAAGCAACAUCCACUGCAAUUGGAACUCCAAAACGAGACGCUCGCGAACGCUCCACACGCUGGAAUGCACGGAGCUCCCGAAGUGCUCACUUUUGGCCAGAACUUCAUCUGGAACUUUGGCGCGAAACGAGUCCUCGACAUUGGAACGUUCACCGGCGCGUCGGCUCUGGCGUGGGCGCUCGCGACGCCGCAAGACGGGGAAGUGCUCACUUUCGACAUUGAUCACACCAAUUACCGUACUUUUGGCGUUCCGAUUCUGAAGAAAUGCGCGACGACGUUCAAGAAGAUUCACGCAGUCGAGGGCGCUGCGGUGGAGAGUCUCGACAAACUGAUCGCCGACGGUCAAGCGGGAACCUUUGACUUUGCGUUCAUCGACGCCGACAAGCCAAACUACGGCAACUACUACGACAAGUGUCUCGUUUUGCUCCGCAAAGGAGCCGUCAUUUUCGUCGACAAUGUGAGAAUGUUCAGGAAUAAUCGUUGAGAAUUCAGUUUAUUCAGAGCCUGUGGAACGGAGCGGUUUGCGAUAAAUCGAAGAGAGGGGAGCCGAAUUGUGGUGCGAUUCAUGCGGCCAACGAGAAGAUCUUCAACGACAACCGUACCUUUUCGGCACUUUUGAAUCUCGGCGACGGAACUCAUGUUGCCUUCAAAAAGUGA